AUGGAGCGUUACCAUAAUGCAUCAGACAAAGCUAGCAAUGGAUUGACACAAACACAAUCAUGUGCGUACACAACAAAUCGUCUACCCAGUACUGAACAAUUAGAGCCAAUUGAAUGGCUACGUUUUAUGCAAAAUGUUCAAGAAUGGCAUCCAAGUUUACGUUUCGAUACUCUCGUAUUAAUCAUUGGCUUUAAAACCGGUGUCCAAUUAUGGGCAAUUGACACAAAUGGUGUUGCUUUAGAAUUAUUUUCAAUAAAAGAGCAUAAUAUAUCUUCGAGUUGUUUACUAUUCGCGCCAUAUAAUCAUUUGUAUGUAGAUGAUCCAAACGUUAAUCAACGACCCUUAAUCGCAUUCACAAAAUCAACUGGGCCACCAUCGAUUCAAAUUCGUUCGCUAAAAUGUGAUCAGCAACAUCAGCAUGUUAAAACCAUUCUGUUACAAACAGAAUCCACAGGAAUUGAUUCGAACAAAUAUGCUCUCAUAUGUUCGACGCAAACAUUAAUAAUUGGUUAUGAUAUUGUCAAAUUUGAAGAAAAAUUUGUUAUAUCAACAUGUUAUACAAAUAAUUUUUAUCUUAAUUUAAAACUAAGCAACCCAUUUGCCUUAUCGACAAGGUGGUUAGCAUUUGUUGACUAUCGCCUCAAUCUAGGACAUCAAUCUCAAGGUGGUAUUAAUACAAAUGAACCAUGCUUAUCUUAUACAGGCGUUGUACUAAAUGCCGCCAAAUCGUUGUCGAAAAGUGUUGCUAAAAUCGGUGAAAGUGUUUUAAAUUCGAUGUCUUCCCAACCACCAACGAUAUCUGGACAAUCGAAUUUAUCCAAUUCGAAACCAUCCACAUCUGCUUUACCAAAGCAACAGAAACAUCAUCAUACACCAACAAAUAGUAAUAAUUUAACAGCAACAAGAAAUAGACAUGGGUCGAUAAAAGAUGAUUCGCAAGCGGGAGUUGUUACCGUUAUUGAUACAUUAAAACUAUUUGGGUCAUCAAUUCACGAUGAUAAACAAAACUGGAUAAUCGCUCAUUUUCAAGCUCAUAGUGAACCGAUAAGUUAUUUACAUUUUAAUCCAAGCGGUCAUUUACUCGUUACUUGUGAUGAUUGUGGACAUUAUUUCAAUGUAUUAGAAAUACAAACAUCACCGUAUCGUUGUACACGGACAUACGUCAAACAUUUAUAUACACUUUUUCGUGGUGAUACUGAUUGUAAAAUUGCUCAUAUGACAUUUACAUACGAUUCAAGAUGGUUAGCAAUAUCAACAAAACGUGGUACAACACAUUUGUUUGCACUAAACCCUUAUGGAGGCUCUGUAAAUAUUCGCACUCACACCAAAGCCUAUGUUGUUAACAAAGCCAGUCGUUACCAUCGAACGGCAGGUUUAGAUGACCAUUCACAUGUAUUCGAAACACGUCGAUCAUACGCAACAAAUAAUGAACUAAUUAAAACAGACAUUAAUAGCAAUAGUUCAUCCUCAAUGAAUACAAACACGAAUAACUCAAGCAAUCAUAAUAAGAGUUCAAAGUAUCGUACAAAUGAUCCAUCACUAUUGCCUGCUGUCACAUUAAUACGGCAACCAACAGACGGUCUCAGUGGUAGUUUAAUUGCACCUUUUAAUGUUGAUUGUUUAUGUCUAGCGGCCAUAUUUGGUGUUACACGUGCAUUUAUUAAUCCGGAAGACGUCAGCACACAUCAGGAACAGAGACCGUGUUGUUCAUUGUUUCUUAUUAGUUGGCAUGGAAGAUUGAUUGAAUAUGUACUAGAACCAGGACCCGAUACAACGAGAAAUACACGCAUUACCUCUGAAACAUCCUUAACUUUAAAAGCAUUUCCGAAAGCACAAUGGUCGUUACAGAAAUGUCUGACGUGGCCUGAAGUGCGAAUGGAAAUUGGCUAUGCAGCACUGUCUCAAGGCAAUACAUUUACUCGAACAUCAUCAGCCACAAAAGUUAAUCUCAAAGAUGAUUGGCUACGACAAGUGGAAAUGAAUACCCAUGUUGGUCCAGCUCGACGUUUAUGGAUGGGUCCACAGUUUCAAUUCAAAACCUAUUCUGAAGCAACAGUUAGUGUUUGUCAUCCAAAUUCAAGUGUCUUCACCGCUGAUCUGCCACAAGACUCAAUGAACCUCGUUGAAGCUGAUCUAAAAUCAUUGCCUAUGCAAUGGUCGAAAUCCACGCCUGUAUUGAUGCCAGGUUUGCAAAAAGACAUAUCCCCUGCUUAUAUUGAAGUGGGCUCUGGUAGUUUUCAGGAUGCACCAUCAUUAAGUAUCUAUGGGAGUUCGUUCGAUAGUGCAAAAUCUGAUUAUGAAGUUGAGCUUGUUGAAAAACUAUUUGAAGCAGCAAACGACUUGACAUUAAAAAAUGGUAGUAAUGGUGACAAUGAUUCAUUAUGUUCAUCUAUAUGUAGUAGCACAAUUCGUGGUCAAAAUUCAACAGUAGACAUGAUUCCCUCAUUUCCAGGUGCUGAUGCACUCGAUUAA